GCACGAUCACCACACACCGAUUGAAUUAAAGUCAAGAUGGCGACCGAGGGCGAAUACGAGUCGAUCCUGUGUGUGAAACCUGACGUCAACGUUUACCGAAUCCCGCCGCGGGCAUCGAACCGGGGAGUCAGGGCUGCGGAUUGGAAGCUGGACGCCCCUGAUUGGACAGGCCGCAUGAGAGUGACGGCUCGGGGAAAAGUGGCUUUCAUCAAACUGGAGGACAAGAUCUCUGGGGAGCUGUUUGCACAGGCACCAGUGGACGAGUACCCUGGCAUCGCCAUAGAAACCGUCAGUGACUCCAGUCGUUACUUUGUGCUUCGGAUCCAGGAUGAGAGUGGUCGCAGUGCGUUCAUAGGCAUCGGGUUCGGGGACAGAGGAGACUCGUUUGACUUCAACGUGGCGCUGCAGGACCACUUUAAGUGGGUGAAACAGGAGCUUGAGAUCAGUAAGCAGUCUCAGACUCCAGACAACACUCCUAAACUGGACCUGGGUUUCAAAGAAGGACAGACCAUCACUCUCAAUAUCGGGCAAGGCAGAAAGAGAGACAAGUCCCGCCCCCAGAGCGCUGGUGGCUUUGGGCUCCUCCCUCCUCCCCCUGGCGGUGGUGGUGCCAAGAUAGCCCCUCCCCCUAUGUCAAGUUCCUCCAAUGACAACGAAGGUUUAUUCUCAGGGGGAGACUUAUUUUCUGCGGGAAGUGACUCGUUUUCAGGGGGUAGUGACACAUUUUCAGGAGGAAACAACACAUUCUCAGCAGGAAGUGACAUGUUCUCAGGGGGAAGUAACACAGGCUGUUUGUUAGACCUGGACAGCAGUAACUCCAACUCUGUGGUGCAGCCGAACCCCAACCCUACAGGCGGCUCGGACAUGUGGGGAGACUUCUCUGCCCCAGAAAAGUCAAUGUCUCCUCUCGCCAACGAUGAUGGUUCUACCAACUGGCAGCAGUUCUGAGGCCCUCCCACAAUCCCUUUCACUUGACCUUCACCUGACCUUUAACCCCUGACCAGGGGAGGACUCCAGCAGAACACUGUAUAUUAUCACCUCAACCUCAGUGUACUCUUUCUCUCUCUCUCCCCCUCUCUUUAUUUCUCUCUCUCUUUACCCCUCUCCUGGCUUCCUCUCCUUACCAUCCUCUCCUUCUACAUCUUUCCCUCUCAGCCCCAAAGUUACACUCUCUUCCCCCGUCCCCCUCUCCUUGCCCUUCUCUCCCUCUGUCUCUCUAUCUAUUGCAACAGAGUAUGUAUUUAUUGCUGAGAGAAAAGACUGAGGUUAAAUGUCUAUAAAUGAAAGAUGUUACAGAAAGGAAUGAUGGGGGCUCACACUAAUAUAGUCUUGAUAAAUAAAUACAUUAAUUCAUUUAUGUACAUAAUAUAUUAUUGUAAAUGUAUAUAGUGUCAGUAGUUUGUAAUUCCCAUUGUUGUUGUGGUAGUGUUGUAGCUAAUUUUCCUUUAGAAUCUCCAGUACAACUGGAAUUAUCGCCUGAAAUAACUGAUUUACAGGAUGCAUUAGUAUAUGACCAAGUUAUCUUAUAUCUGAUCCAAGGUCAGUUUAGCUUUUUCCUCUUAAUUGCUAAGGUUAGGCCACGGUGAGUCUGGAGCUGUGCUUUGGAGCAGCUUCUGCUUUGAGUGGACACUGAUCUACUGUAAGUUUACACAGCAGCCAUGCUGUUUGGCGCCCCUUAGUGGGCUAUUGCGGUCCUACAACCACAGUCUGACAGGGAGAGUGGUGAGAUGCACAUCAGCAACUGCUGUGGACGUUAUCACUGCUAGGAAUGGGCACUUGUCUGGGUCACUUGGCUGCAUUGUUUUAACAGGAGGCUGGUGUUAGUUGGUCAAUUAACACAGAAAUGGAGGGAGAGAGAGGAAAAAAGUGUGCUGAUUGAGGGAAGGGAAAGAUGGGUGGGGUCUGAGGAUGGAUGGAGGGUGAGGAAGGGCUUAAACCCAUGGGGUGAUAGACAGGCCUGAUUUAGGCCUAGUGAUGUAAUCAACAGUCCCUAGGGGUUUCUGGGUAGUGAUGACUCAUUUAGGUCACGACUUUUGCCCUGCUGGAUGAAUAGCCCUGUGUGUGUACAUACAACUGUCUGUCUGUCCGUCCGUCCGUCUGUAUUCUAUACGUUGUACCCUGGAACUAACGUAACGCUGUCAAUGCAGUCAGACCAUUCCAGUCCUUGUGAGAUGCAAUGUUUUAAAGGAUGGAGGGAUAAAGGAUGGAGGGAGGGAUAAAGGAUGGAGGGAUGGAUGGAUGGAUGGAUGGAGGGAGGGAUAAAGGAUGGAGGGAUGGAUGGAUGGAGGGAGGGAUAGAGGAUGGAGGGAUGGAUGGAUGGAGGGAGGGAUAGUGGGAGGGAUAAAGGAUGGAUAAAGGAUGGAGGGAGGGAUAAAGGAUGGAGGGAUGGAUGGAUGGAUGGAUGGAGGGAGGGAUAAAGGAUGGAGGGAUGGAUGGAUGGAGGGAGGGAUAGUGGGAGGGAUAAAGGAUGGAGGGAGGGAUAAAGGAUGGAUGGAGGGAGGGAUAAAGGAUGGAGGGAGGGAUAGAGGAUGGAGGGAUGGAUGGAUGGAGGGAGGGAUAGUGGGAGGGAUAAAGGAUGGAGGGAGGGAUAAAGGAUGGAGGGAUGGAUGGAUGUAUGGAUGGAGGGAGGGAUAAAGGAUGGAGGGAUGGAUGGAUGGAGGGAGGGAUAGAGGGAGGGAUAAAGGAUGGAGGGAUGGAUGGAUGGAGGGAGGGAUAGUGGGAGGGAUAAAGGAUGGAGGGAGGGAUAAAGGAUGGAGGGAUGGAUGGAUGGAUGGAUGGAGGGAGGGAUAAAGGAUGGAGGGAGGGAGGGAUAGUGGGAGGGAUAAAGGAUGGAGGGAGGGAUAAAGGAUGGAGGGAUGGAGGGAUGGAUGGAUGGAGGGAGGGAUAAAGGAUGGAGGGAUGGAUGGAUGGAGGGAGGGAUAAAGGAUGGAGGGAUGGAUGGAUGGAGGGAGGGAUAGAGGGAGGGAUAAAGGAUGGAGGGAUGGAUGGAUGGAGAAAGGGAUAGAGGGAGGGAUAAAGGAUGGAGGGAGGGAUAGAGGGAGGGAUGGAUGGAUGGAGGGAGGGAUAAAGGAUGGAGGGAUAGAGGGAGGGAAGGAAGGGUUAUAAUGUUGUACAGGACAUCAUAAUAUUACAGUAAGCCAGUUAUGUGGCUUUUGUACUUAUCAUUGUGUGUGUCUUUCACACACAUGGACUCCAACAUUUGCAUUAACUGAUGACAUGAUGUUGAUUAAUGAGGUGAUAAUUGAUUGAUUUCCUGUGUGAGAACACAGCUAGUGGGAGAACUGGUAUGAACUGGUGAGAGUCUGUGUAGAUCCUACUCAUGUUGGUUUAUGUGUUUGUUCUUGACAUUACAAAUACAAUAUAUGUGUAUGUAAAUGUUGAUGUAUUGAAAAUCAAAGCAUAAAGAUAUCAACUAAUGUUGA